AUGAGUAGUUCAGAAGAACUCUCACAGUACGAUGAUAAACCAGUCAAGUCCUCCAAACCUUCUAGCGAUUCAGAGCAAGAGGGCAAUCGCCCCGUAAUUCCAAGAGAUAUGUUUGGAUUAUAUGGCGUACAUGUGAGCAAUCUGCCAUCUGGAAUCUCCCAGGUAGAGUUAGAGAAAGCCUUCUCUACUGUCGGCAUUGUUCAAGUGUGCAAAAUCAUGGAAACCAAAUGUAUUCCACUGUAUGCUUUCGUCAAGUAUUCAUCCACUGUUGAAGCCCAAGAUGCUCUGUUGAAGUUUGAUGGUUACAAACUGAAUGACGCUGUCUUAGCUGUGAGACCAGCUUAUGUUUCCCACAGAUGGAAGACUAAAAAUACACCAGGUGGUAAAGCUGACAGGCGUGAAACUUCCUCAGAUGAUGGCAGGGGCAGGGAGAAUUCAAAAGUGACUACAUAUUCAAUGGAAUCAAGCGAUUGUCGCCUUAGGGAUGGAAAACUAAGCGAAAGUGAUGUUAGAAUGUUUAAUGGAAAAUCCUCCAAAUCAUUCUCACCCAGGAAAGCAAAUGGUGGGCAAGUUCUGGGUCCACGGUUUCAAAGAAGUUCUCCUUCGAGAUCAUCAGCAUCUGAAAGUUCACGUGAUUCUCAUCGGAUUCAAGGCGCUUCUCCUUCACAGAUGUCUACGUCACCCUCUGGGCAAACCAAGCCAGUUCAACAGGAUUUACCUGUUUCAAGUUCCAGUACGUCUUCUGGUCAGGUAAAUGGCCACCCUGUCCCGGGAAGUAUGUACUCUUCAGCAUUUAGGCCAUAUCAGGGAAACAUCCAAGAACCUUGUGGCAGACAAAAUGGUUAUGCUAUGGAAAAUGGUAUUGCAACAGUGACAUCAUCUAUGCAUAAUCUCGGAAUAUCGGCAGAGAACAAUUGGAAUCAUAACCAAGUUAACAAUGUCUUGGACUGGCAGCAAGGAAGGGUUAAUUCUUACAGUCAAGCGAGUGGAACCAAUUACCAGGAUCAAUCAAUGUGUAGUCGAGACAGAAAUCAAUGUGUGCCAGCAGGGAAGUGGAUUGCUCAAAGUCCUCGUAAGACAAACGUGUCAUCAUGGAGCACAGCUGAUGUGGUACGGUAUUUUUCUUCAAGUGACUGUGCUGUAUAUGCAGGUUUCUUUCAAGAGCAGGAAAUUGAUGGAAAAGCAUUGAUGUUGUUAAAUAGAGACACACUGUUGCAGUUCAUGAAAGUUGGUCCAGCUCUUAAGGUGCUACAGAAAAUAGAGGAACUGAAAUGA